CGGCCGACACUUCUGUCAACGGCCAAUUGACCUUAGGGUCAAGCAUCGCGCUCUGUCGGUAACUUCGUCAGUGAUCGCAGAAACAUCUCAAGGUUGCUAAUUGGUUGUCAAAGAUCGAAACAAUUAUGGUAAUGAGAUAGAGAAAACUGACGCGGACGGACAGUCGUUUCCCAAGUUUUGUUGUUUCGUCCAGCUGUUCAUGGAAUGACGAGUGAAAUUUCUGUCACUUCAAUUUCACAUUUUUACUGACUUUUUAAGAUUACUUUUUAAACCUUUUUUUUUUUACCUUUUUACCUUCAUCAAUAAAUUUUGUGGUGACAUUAAAUGACAGCAAAAUGCGAUCCUUUCAUUUAUUUGUUAAGCAAGGCAGGAUUCGGAACACUAAACUGUGAAUUUGUUUUCUAAAGAACUACAACUUUAAGACUUGAAGGUUUUCAUGGUGAAAGUAACUAGAAGAGUAAAGUGAUUGCGGUUGCACCAUGUAUCAAUCUCUUUCUUGAGUCUGUGUGGUUCUAAGAAGAACCGGGGAAUAACUCGACCUUUCGAACAGUGUACUCUGUCCGUCUUCAGGAGACAAAUUUAACUUGUAUAGCAUGAGAUUUUUAUGGAUAAAAAUGUGUCUCCUUGUAUUUGAAGGAUGUAAAUUCAAAAGGGGUUCAUAGCACAAGAUCUAAACCUUGAACAGAUCCAAAAAGAUGCCAGAAAGGAAUAUAUGAACUUGUAUUAAUCUUAUUCAAUUCGAAGUGAUAAUUUUCAAUGGUUUUGAAGUUGUUUGCAACUAAUAACCGAAAAAAUGCUAAUUCAGUGGAAUUCAGUGAAUUUAUUAUAUUUAAUUCAAAUUCAGUUUAAUAUGCAAGGUAAAAUCACAUGUUUACAUACAUGCAUGUAUUUUUCAACUUCCACGGGAAUUUAAAACAAAAAGGCGCUCUCAAAAACGGUCCCGCCCAUUCCUUCUCGCGGUGAAGAAAAACACAAUAAAUCGUUAGGGUCAGUUCUAGGCCUCCUUAUCCAUCCCUCACGGCAGAAGGUUAUUAGUAGGCAGCCACUUGAAACACGCUCUCCUCGUACUUGAAGGGUCUGAACAAUGUGCGGAGGCAGGUCACCGACGCGUAGAGUAGACCUCGGCGGGCCUCUAGACCGACCUGCCCAGCAGCACUUGAGGUACGUCCCCUAGACGUUCUUACGUUUCCCGUCGCGCUUCACGAUAAAUGAGAGAGAGGAAAAUAAUUGAAGUAGUGCUUAGUAAAUUCAUACGGUCAUCUAUCAGUAAAUUCCAGUGACCUACUGUGCCCCCCACGGAAAUCCACGCCCCUCCAGAUGUCUCUCCAUUCGAAAUUUUGUAUCAUGCGUAUGUGUAUCCACAAUGCAUGUAGCCUUCAGUACACCUUGAAAAAGCGUGCAUCCCCAGAUGCCCCCCCCCAAAUUUCACCAUAGCCACGCCAUUGGUAGACCGUCACUUGCCAUGUGUGCAGACGGGUGAGUUGUGUGCACAAGCUCUCGUUGGUUACACACCAGCUGCUUGGAUUUACUUUGCAGUCCGCCUCAGUUUGUGUCUAACAGCAUUACCAGCGAAAUCGGUUGUUGGAAAUCGUUUAAUUAACUGAGGACGGAUACAGGAAGGAUACAGCCCAGCAGUUGAUUAUGAAAAUUGGAAUCCGGCUGAGUAAUGUAUCAUCAUUGUCAGGGGACUCACUGCGCGCAUAAAGACUGGACAGGAAACACAAGAUCUGCUUCCCUGAAUCUUCUGUCCAGUGUUGGCGGUCAUAAAGGGCCUGUACUGGGGGCCUUGUGGACAAACGAGGAUGAACAACUCAACUGACCAGACACGGCGAGAACAGAUUUUGGAGCGAGGAGGGCCCAUGCAGCAGUUUGUGAUUGCACCUAUCGUCAACAUCGCCAAUGAAAAAUGCUGUCACACUGCACGCAUGGCCUGUUAUCAAAAAGGCAAUAAUCUACAGUUGGAAAAUACAGAUGCCAUUGAGUGAAUUCGCUGAUAAUAUGUUUAAGCAGGCUUGAUGCCUGCAGCUUAUACCUGCACAUGACAAUAAGGAAGUACUUGCCGCACAAAACAGAAGCGAAGUAUGGAUAUUCCAUGACGAACGAUACCACAUGAUAAUUUCGUCUGUAACCAGGUAUUAAACAACUUCAUUUACAGCUCGUAUUACAGAAGUAAACUCACGACUCCAAAGGGUUAAGAAAAAUAUUCCUUCUUCUUCCGAGGAGCUAACAAGGAUCCCACACGGAGCUGCUCCGCGUAAGCACCAUACGUACUCAAGCCCAUCGAAAUUUGCUACCAGAAUCGUCAAUAAUAGGAAAAAGAAAACAUCUAGCCUGGAAGCGAUACGAGCGCGUGUCACAGUCAGGUCACCCUCCUGGGAAUAGACAAGAGUUUUCUCGCCGGUUGGAGUUAGUCCUUUGCCUGAGCUGUAGCCUACUCGUGUAAAAUGCUACCAAGCCUGAAACCGAACUGUAAGUUGAGUACGGUGUAUUAGCUCACGUGUUUACUGCAGUGUAGUACCGUGGCUGACUUGCCAACCAUCGCCAGCAGGGCCCGUAGACUAUUCACAUUAAUUUACGCGUGCUUCCUUCGUAAAUACCAGCAUGUAAUGCGCUCUACAACCAGAACUGUCUAAGCUCGUGAUCACGAAGGAUUCGUAUUUCAUAUUGGUGUGCAGAUGGAUUGUCUAUUACUGGAGUGAACUUCCAGUUAAUUCCGUUCUAAUAGGCCCAUACAGUUUCUGUCUUGAAAAAAAAAACAUAAAUCGCAGUGCAACUGGCUCAUGGGUGUAUACAUGGAGUAGUUUAGUACAGCGCUGAAGACACAGGAAUUACUGUGAGGCGUUCUGUCAAUAUGACGUACCGAUAGGAGCCCGCUGGCGCUGGCGGGAAACGGGUAGGAACGUGAUACUAUUUAACGAGUAUUUCCGAUCAUGUAAAGAGGCUAGUAGAGUGAUGCAGCGGCGCCGAGUCAGAUAUCGCACCUACCCUAGUCCCUCCCUCGACUUGGAAGAAGACGAGGAUCUGGAACUCAUGACCUGCCGCCAUAUCACCUUCCCACCCGAUGUCCGCCUCCAGUCGGCUGUUCAGCAGCAGGACAACGCCGAGCUGGCCAAGAUUUUGAACCAGCACGGGGCUAAGCUCGACCUGGACUCCUGCAGUCACGUCGGGCUGACCGCCCUCCACCAGGGUGUCCUGAACCGCAACCUGGACACCGUCAAGUUGUUACUGUGCCAGGGGGCCAACGCCAACGUCCAGGACGUGCAUGGCUACUCCCCGCUUCACACCGCCUCCGCCUGCGGACUCCGCAACAUUGCCAGCUUGCUCAUCAUUUUCGGGGCCGACCUGUGGACGAGGACGCUGGCCGGAGAAUCACCCUUGGACCUGGCCAAGGACUUGGUCACCGCUGACCUCCUCAUGACCGAGAUGUGCCGGCAAAUCCAGCACCAGGAACUGAUGGAGAGGUACGGUUUUGCCUUCAGGUUCAUCGACUUGUGCGAACGAGUUCGGGCCCACUGCUGCAUGGCGUGGCAGAAGGUCACGGAAUGGGUUCAACAUUUGCUUAAAAAGUAUUGCAAUUUUCCCGAUUAUUCGACACAAAAUGGUAAAGUAAGAGCCCCCGGAACAGGGCGCAAAGACAAUAUGAAGGCUGAGUAAUGAAGGUCCUAGAUUUUGCGUGCUUUCAGUCUGUGUGUUUUGUUGACGAUACAAUCUAAAGGGCAUCGUUGUAGAAAAAAAAAUCACUUUAAAAUUUGUGAGAAGAGAAGGCUUCGCUCAAUAUACCAAGCAAAAAAUUUAUGUAACUCCGACUGAACUGUGGAUCAUAUAAUUACUAGUGGAGGGUUUGACAUCACUGGAGAUUCGUAAUCUUACCACCAAAAAGGCAAGUGUUGCAUUAACCCCAACAGUCCUCAAUCCUCCAAUUUCAAAUAGGAAUUUACGUAUGCACCGAUGGAGGUAAGGUUUAUAUUUUGUAAGUCUGAACUAGAGCUCAGAUCAUGAAUUUGGAAAAAAA